AGUUUGCUGGCGCUGACUGUCAAGACAUCUACCUUCGUUCGGUCCGGUCUAUUGCGUUAGCUCGACAACCAUCGACCACACUCAUGUCUUCUACACCUGAGCAAAGAUACCGGCGAAGACUUGCUCAGAAGGCCGUAACAGGGCUUCCCACUGAGGCGAUCCUAUAUGCCAUCUUCAAUGAAUUUGUUAGUUUGCAUCAACAACAACAUCGCUUCGUCAUCUACCCUCAGAUGAACUUGAAAUGGAAGCCUCAGGACGUACGAGACCGACGCUCAGAAGUCCCAGACUUUGGUUUGGGGAAUUUCACCCUUCCGACUACUGGUCAUCCACUUUUCAAGCUUCGUUGUGGCGUAGAAGCAAAGCGCGCUCUUGAAAUAAUGGCCCCUCUUCCGCCUGCCAAUCUAAUAAUGUCCGAUCUCGAUGUCAAAUCUAUGUUCCAUUCUCUCUCCUUCCAGGCUCAGAAUCAAGCCAAGGCAGCUUACAAGAACGAGUACCCCCUGUCCCCCAACGGCGUUGAAUGGAUUCUCCUAAUUGGACCGUAUUGGAUGCCAAAAACAUUUGGUCCUUUUUCAGAGGCUGAAAGCACCGUCCGUGCUAAUAAACUAUCUGACAGUGGUGAUUUCGCCGCCACUAUGGGCUCUUCUCCCAAAUGCGUGGGCCUCCUCCCGACCUUGCCGAACUUUAUCUUCUCGGUACCCCAGAAUCUUUUAAUCGAUUGGAACAAAUCAUCGCUUCGACGGACCACCUUGCACAACCAUUCAUCCAAGCCAUGACUUCUUGGUAUAUUGCACCUUAUACUAUCUGUUGCAUCGUUAACUGAGCUUCCAGAACCUGCAUAACGUUUAUGGUGAUAGCCUGAUUAGCGGAAAUAGACACGACCAAGGAACUAUUCUUAUAAUUUAUUGAUUAGAAAAUACCUUUAGUUGAGAUCGCCGAUGAGCCUGUAUCUCA